AUGCGAGUUGAAGACAUGAUCCCCAUCAAUGAUUCUAUGCCUGAAGAACAGCUUAUGGCAAUCAUGAUCUUGAAGGAGAGUUUUGAUGAGAAAGCCAGGCUGGAAGAAGUUAAGGCUCUGCGUGAUGAGAAUUUGCCAUGGUAUGCUGAUAUAGUGAACUUCAUGGUGUCCGGAGAAGUCCCUAGUAGCUUUGAUGCUUACAAGAGGAAGAAAUUCUUCAAGGAUGCUAGGCAUUACUAUUGGGAUGAGCCUUACUUGUACAAGAGAGGACCAGACAGCAUUUACAGGAGAUGCAUAGCUGAAGAGGAUGUACAAGGAGUUCUAGAGCAUUGCCAUGGGAUGCAGCAAGCUACAUUGCCAAGUGUGAUCCAUGCCAAAGGAAAGGAGGGAUCACCAAGAGAUGAAAUGCCACUAAACCCAAUUCUAGAAGUUGAGAUCUUUGAUGUAUGGGGAAUAGACUUCAUGGGACCUUUCAAACCUUCCUCAAACGGGCACAACUACAUUUUGGUUGCUGUGGACUAUGUGUCCAAAUGGAUUGAAGCCAUUCCCUGCCCAACCUGUGAUGCUAAGGAUUGCCACUUACCUGUGGAGGUCGAAUACAAGGCUUUAUGGGCAGUAAAGAUGCUGAACUUUGACAUAAAGGCAGCACAAAGAAGAAUAAUGAACUUGUUUGAGUUGGAGGAAAUCAGAAUGAAUGCCUAUGAGAACUCCAUGAUCUAUAAGAUGAGAACCAAGGCAGCCCACGACAAACUGAUUCGCCUUAAGGACUUCAAGGUUGGGGACAGUGUGCUCUUGUAUAACUCCAAGCUAAGGUUGUUUCCCGGGAAGCUGAGGUCAAAUGGGCGGGACCAUUCAAGAUUCACGAAGUUUUGCCCUAUGGAUCCCUCACUUUCAAUCAAGAGGGGAAGAAUUCACAGUGAAUGGGCAUAG